UCGUUUCAGCUCCGCCAGUGUGCUCUGCUGAGAGGAUGAACACGCACGCACACAAGCAGGGCGAUGUUAGAGGAGUUAUUGUAAAGGAUCUGCUCAGUGUGAGGGAAUAUGAUGUUGCUGAGUAGAAAUGAUGGAUGAUCCAUACAGCCGACCAGCGCGCAGGACGCAAUGGAUAGUCAGCACUCUGGCUUACCAUUACGGACUGGACCGGGGGGUGGAGAACGAAAUUAUAGUUUUGGCAACCGGGUUGGAUCAAUACCUACAGGAGAUUUUCCAUCAUAUGGACUAUCAAGGCGGAGGCAAAAUCCCCGUGGACGACUUUAACAUCUUGUGUGAAGUUUUGGGACUGAACAAAGACUCGGAGGACACAGAAUGCGCCGGCGUUUUAGACCAUUUACCCAGCGAGCUCACUUUCAGGCACUUCCACGCCAAACUGUGCGGGUACUUCAGCACCAAGGCGGGGUGUCAGUACGAGAACGGCCGGCUGCUGGUCGGGAAGGACAGCGAGCACAUAGAGACUCAGAUCCGCCUGAGGAGCCCUCUGAGGCGGCGAGAGAAGCUGCUGUCUGUGGGUGGGAGCGGCGGCUCCUGUGCCUCCUCGGAGGGGCGACACGCCUCCGGCUGCAGGCUCGGGUCCUGCACCAAGGAGUGCUACGAGGAGAUAGUGGCGCUGGAGGAAGCCGAGGACCGAAUAUCAAAACUGGAAGACGAGAAUGCAAGUUUGAGGGAGCUGAUCGAGGACAUGCGAGCCGCUCUGCAGAGCAGUGAUGCCCGCUGCCUGGCUCUGCAGGUAGGACUAUGGAAAAGCCACUCCAAACAUAAACCAGAGGAAGGCUGCUUUGUUGCUCACCAGAAACGGGCUGCCCAGAAAAGUACAAGCAACGCCAACCUGAAAAGCAGCACCUACAGCAGCCUGAAGAGCUUGCAGAACAUCAUGCAUGAGAUAGAACUUCUGCGGAGCUCCAGCGACCGCCAGGUAGAGGAGGCCAUGCUGUGCAAUCAGAGACUGGAGCAGGAACUGUGGAGCUCUAAAGAGACAGUGGCCGCUCUAGAGGACUGCAACCAAGCCCUGAAGAGGGAGCAGGCGGGCAUGAGGAGGAAGGUGGAGGAGGCGAGGCAGGCGCUGCUCAGCGGCCUGGGUAAGGUGAAGGAACUGGAAGCCAAGGCCAGUCAUGUGCCGGCACUGCAGAGACACAUCCUCCAGCUGGAGUCAGAGCUCCUCUACUACAGGUCGGAGGUGUCGAAACUACAACUCCCGAGCAGCACCAGGGCAGAGCAGCAGCUGAGUGUCACCAGCAGGCCUGCCCAGAGAUGUUGCUCAGACUCCCAACAUGACCGCUGUUCUCCGACAGGGCGUGCUGUGACCACCCCAGAUAAGAUGGAGGAGCAGCUGUUUCGUUCAGUGGAGGGUCAGGCAGCCUCCGACGAGGAGGAGGACAAGUGGACAGGAGACCAACAGAGGCAGGUGGAUGAGGUGAAGAGGAUCCUGACCAGGCUGUCCUGCUGUGGGGAAAGGUGCGACGACAAGGCAUUCAAGAAGCUGAUGUCUAAUUUCGGGAGCUCGAGGAGCGAGGAGAGCUGCAGCGCUGUGGUGGAGCUCCUGGAGAGGGUGACCAGGUUGCAUAAGCAGCUGGAGCUGAAGGAGAGCAAGGCAGAGAUAGACAUGGACCAGAUGAAGGACUCGCUGGUGCAGGAGCUGCAGCAGAAGGCAGAGGAGACAGAGCUGCUUCAGAUGGAGCUGCAGAUGCUGGAGACAGAGAGGGUGCGCCUGUCGCUGGUGGAGGAGAAACUUGUAGACAUCCUGCAGCUCCUGCAGCAGCUCCGAGACCUGAACGUCUCGCGGAGGUCUCUGGGGAAAAUCCUGCUCAGCACUUUGGAGUCUUGCAGCGACCCACAACACGGGAAAGCCCACAUUCUGGAGGUGCUCAACGCUCUCUACCAUGAACUGGCUGCUUGUGAGAUUUUGUCAACUGGUGGACCCCUGGAGCGAACGCAGAGUCAGCAGUCCCUCAACGCCCUCAUCAUCUCCUGCUAAUCAGGACUGCCUCUUGCUGGGCCACAGAUGCUCCAACAGCCUUUCUAGAGGAAAGCUUAAAAGAACAAGCUGAUUUAUGUGUAUAGUGUAUUAUAUUGUAGCUUAUAUACUCCUCAGACCCUGUUAUAUUAAGGGAUAUUAGUCUGGAAUGUUAGUGUAGCAAAGGGCUUUAUUAGGUAUAAAGGAUGUUUGUGUUUAUACAUGUUUUUUUCAGAUCUUUUAUUGCACAUAACUCUUUCAUCAACCUAUAUGGAUUUUAUUUUUCCACAACAGAGUUCUGAAUGUGAAAAUGUUGAAAUAAGCUAAACCUUAAAGGGGCAUAAAGUAGUCUGUGAAAUGUAUCGACAUCCAGUGGUCAACAGGUCAAAAACUUCCCCGACAGAAUUGAUUGAAUUUAAAGGAAUCUGCUUCAUCUAAGUUUGCAUUUCAAUGUAUCAUACACAGACAAGUCCAGCCUAUGAGAACAGACAGUCGGUGUGUAUUGUGGGACUCUCGGGAUGCCCCAGCGUUGUUUAAAGGACCAGUGUGAAGAUUUUACUGACAUCUAGUGGUGUAGUUGCACAUUGCAAUACCAUCGCCUCCACCCUCCCCUUCCAAGAUUGUUGGAGAAUCCAUGGUAGCCAUGAAAUGCAUGAAAGGGUCUGUCUAGAGCCAGUGUUUGGGUUGUCCCUUCUGGGCUUCUGUAGAAACAUGACGGUUCAACAUGGCAGCUUCCGUAGAAGAGGACCCGCUCCCUCUGUAGAUAAAAACAGCUCAUUUUAAGGUAACGAAAACACGAUACUUAUAUUCAGGGGAUUAGGAAAACAUACCUAUGAAUAUUAUAUUCCAAUUUUGACAAUUGAUCCUCCUAAAUGUUACUCACUGGACCUUUAACGGUGUAUCCAGGUGUCAUUAACAUCAAUAAUGUUGGUAAUAUCUACAUGGUAUUUGCAUUCAGGUGCUCAUGUGCAUCAUUAUGUACUGGACCAGGAAAAAGCCCUGCAAAAUGUCUGAAAAAACAACCUCAACUAAAGGUCCACAAACUCACUUGUUCCAAAGUUUUUGACCCUAUUGCACAGUCUUCAGCAAACAUAAGGAGUUUUUUUGUAGAUGUUGAAACUUCCCAUUUAUAUAGAAAUAGAAAUAGAAUGUAAUAUUCAUAUCUAUGUUUCUAAUUAGUGUAUAAUCAGCUGAACGUAGAAAUUGUUGUGUUUUUUGUGUUACCUAAGAUGAGCCUUUUUGGUCUACAGAGGGAGGAAGAAUAAAACAAUGUAGCAUCCAGCUCUUGUUGGCAACCUGAACUUGUUGUUAACAGGCUGUUGAUAAAUGCCUUUUUCAUGGAUACAGUGCAUUUACCAUUAACCUACUACACUCAUUGUCCAGGGACUUGUCUCAGGUCACCGCUGUCUUUCACUAGGCAACUUCGUUGUUGGAAAAUUUUUGCAUAAAAGGGGACGAGGGUUGCCUAAAUGCUGUAUUAGUUUGGGUCUGUGUGAGCCUCAACCAUGCAGGCUCAGCCAAGUAUUCAGAACCUCUAAAUAUUAUAAUACCAUAUUAUUACCAUAUUCAUUUGUUAAAAUGGGUCAAAUAAUAUAUCAUUUGUUUCUAUUUGAGAAGGCACCUUUUGUUGUGUGUCUGUCCCAAGAGGGAAGCACACACUGACUUUGGCUGAUCACAGAACAGUACAAGUUAGCCUCCUCAUGCUUGUUUCUCAAUACAAUACAACAGAUUUACUUUCAAUGAAAUGUGCAUUCUGAAACACACAACAUGCUCAUAUCAGCUGGUUGUCUUGUCAUUACUGUCUUGAAAUAAGGGUCUUGGAUGCAAAGCCACUCACUGGUGUUGUUGAAUCAUUUCAUUAAAGCCU